GAUGGCCAUAAAGCUCCCUUUAUAAAAAAUUUGAACCCAGAUCCAAUGGUAAAAAUGACAAUCAGGAAAUUUCAUAGCAGAGGAUAGACCAAUGGCUACAACAGCAGGAGUGGAAGUGAAUCCUGGUUCGGUUCUGCAGCCCAAUGAACAGAGGCGCGUAUUGCAUCCUGUUCUUCCUGCAUCCAGGGAGUAUUCUACAGCUACCCCCUAUUCAGUGAGGUCACUGAAACGGCCAGGAUUUGUUUCCGUGAUUUUUGGCCAGCGGCUCGAUAAGCCCACUGGGUGCACUGCAAACGAAAGGAAGAGUGGGGACUACUCUGUAAGGCAAAAGAAUGAUAACCAUUCGCAGCUGGAGGCGCCCAAGUACACACCAGAGUUCCUUAUUCGCCUCAAUACGUCCAAAUUCCCCCGUACGUACCUACUCGGUCGAAGACUACAAGAGCGCACACCUGUAAACUCGUUAUGGCCUUUUGCCAGAUUGGGUUCGGUUUUUGUGGCACUCUUUAGGCACCAUCUUCCAACGACAACCUCUGCUUUGGCCGCAUUUUCAAACGUGAGGACGGGAACCUGGAAGAUCUUUGGUCAAGGACUCCAGUACACAACAAUAUGUCCUCGAAACUCAGGAGCAGCUACAACAACUGACUAACUCGAUCCCUCGAUUUGCCAGAUUCCUACGCUCAGAGGACGCAUGGUCGAAUGACAAUCCGGAAGCUUUUCUUCAGGAUGCACAGCCUGCAGUAUGAUAAUGUCUAACGCAUUCCAGCUACCUCCCAGGAAGUUAAGGAGCUUUUAGUUGACAGAUAUUUGCCCAGUCUCUCCUUUAGAUAUCAAGGCAAGUGAAACCAAUCAUACCGUCCUGUCCGUCUAUAUUUGGGGAGAUGCUGGUAGCAUACAACAAUGACCCGGCUGUCACGGUUCAAGGCCUUUUUCUGAA